AUGGCGGCUUCCUUCAAAGCAUUCUUGAACAGUCCGGUUGGUCCGAAGACAACUCACUUUUGGGGACCUGUUGCCAACUGGGGUUUUGUUGUUGCUGGGUUGGUGGAUAUGAAAAAACCCCCAGAAAUGAUUUCUGGAAAUAUGACAGGAGCUAUGUGUGUUUAUUCGGCAUUGUUCAUGAGGUUUGCGUGGAUGGUACAGCCUCGCAACUAUCUACUUCUAGCAUGCCAUGCUUCAAAUGAGACCGUGCAGCUCUAUCAAUUGUCCCGCUGGGCAAAGGGUCAGGGGUACUUGUCAUCGGAGAAAAAGGAGGAAACGAAAUCUCAGUAA